AUGCCAACUCACGGAGGCUCGGGUGUGAAUGCUAUUGAGAUUGAAGCAAUGAAUGUGGUACCUGAUGUGAGUCGGUUGACAUUUCCAUUCCUAUCUGUGAAGCAACAUCUGAUUAACAAUGGUAUAAUACCGGAUUGUGGCAUUGAUUGUAUGAAUUGUAAGAGCCAAUACGAGGGUUGCGAUGAACUAAAGGUCAUGGUUCAGAGAUUGAUGGAUGAAGGUCCUCUCCAGUUCUAUAGAAAGAGGGGAAACGUGAGGGUUGCAAGUGAUGAGGUAGUGGUAAUUGACAUUCCAUAUGAACCCGUGGCUCCUAUCAGUAUUCAGGUUCCUGUUCAGAUACCUAUCGUCAUUCCCUAUGCAGAGCAACCAGCGGCAUUGAUGAUUAUUGUUCCUGGGCCGAUUCCAUAUGAGAGAAGAGGGCCGUCUAAAGAGAAAUUUGUUGAGGCCGCAGUUGCAAAUGCCGAUAAUUUUGUCGGUACUGGUAGAAUCACUCGCAGUGGAAGGGUGUUCUCUCCCCAGCCCGUACAAAACAAUGCAGAUGCUUUGGCUAGGUCCAAAGGCAAACAAGAGGUGACUGAUGACCAGGACUCUCCAAUUCAGAAUGGGGCAUCCAAUAAUGCCGUAUCUUCCAAGGAUUUGGAGGAAUUAUUGAGAAUCAUCAAGAAGUCUGAUUACGAAGUGGUUGAGCAGCUGGGUCAGACCCAAUCAAAGAUUUCCAUCUUGCAAUUGUUGAUGUGUUCGGAGGGUCAUAGAGACGCUCUCUUGAGAAUUCUGAAUGGUGCCUACGUGCCGCAUGAGAUAUUUGUGAAUCAGUUAGAGGCGAUGGCCAAUAAUAUUUUAGCUGGAAAUGGUUUGGGGUUUACUGAUUGUGAUCUUCCUCUUGAGGGGAGAAACCACAACAAGGCGUUUCACAUUUCGAUGGAGUGUAAGGGGACGACUUUGUCCCGUGUUUUGGUUGAUACAGGUUCUCCCUUGAAUGUGCUUCCCAAAUCGGCCCUUAUGAGAAUUGACUAUGCUGGUGUUGAGUUGAGUCACAGUGAGUUGGUGGUACGUGCUUUCGAUGGUUCAAGGAGGUUUGUGUUCAGAGAAGUAGAUCUGCCAAUCCAAGUUGGUCCUUGGGUCUUCACCACGACCUUUUACGUGAUGGAUAUUCAACCUGCUUAUUGUUUUUGUGGUGAGGAGGAUUACAUCGUGAGUCACUUUUCUUCUUUCCGAUAUGUGGAGAUCAAAGGUGAAAUACAUGAGACGCCGUUCCAAGUGUUCGAGGCUGUAAAUGCUGUGAGAACUCCUCUUUAUGAGAUAACGAAGCCAUAA